GAGCAGGCACGGGGAGGGGUUCUGGGGGUGGGGGCGCAAUCUGAAUAAUUGAGGAGCUGUUCAGCAGCAGCGGCUGCCUCCUGCCUUCCUUUGCCGCCACCACCACCUCCCACCCCAGCUAGAGAGACUGCUCCGCGCUGUAAGUGCGGGCGGCCAGCCUCCAGCCUCGGCAGCCAGCCCGUCGCCACCAGCCCCGAUCCCGACAUUCAUGCCCAGGAGAAGGCUGCACUGGGUCCCUCUGGACCUUUCCUGAAAGGGAGAUCCCUGUUCACUAGAUGAGUUCCAGAACCAUCCGCUAAGGCUUUGUAGCCCCCUUCCAUCGGCUGACCUUCACUGCAUCCCCUAUCGCUCAAGAUGAGUGGCUUCUUCACCUCACUGGACCCCCGGCGGGUGCAGUGGGGGGCUGCCUGGUAUGCAAUGCACUCCAGGAUCCUACGCACCAAACCAGUGGAGUCCAUGCUAGAGGGAACUGGGGCCACGACGGCACAUGGAACUAAGCUAGCCCAGGUACUCACCACAGUGGACCUCAUCUCUCUUGGCGUUGGCAGCUGUGUGGGCACUGGCAUGUAUGUGGUCUCUGGCCUGGUGGCCAAGGAAAUGGCAGGACCCGGUGUCAUUGUGUCCUUCAUCAUUGCAGCCGUCGCAUCCAUAUUAUCAGGUGUCUGCUAUGCAGAGUUUGGAGUUCGAGUCCCCAAGACCACAGGAUCUGCUUACACCUACAGCUAUGUCACUGUUGGGGAAUUUGUGGCAUUUUUCAUUGGCUGGAACCUGAUCCUGGAGUACCUGAUUGGCACUGCGGCCGGAGCCAGUGCUCUGAGCAGCAUGUUUGACUCACUAGCCAACCACACCAUCAGCCGCUGGAUGGCGGACAGCGUGGGAACCCUCAAUGGCCUGGGGAAAGGUGAAGAAUCAUACCCAGACCUUCUGGCUCUGUUGAUCGCGGUCAUCGUGACCAUCAUUGUGGCUCUGGGGGUGAAGAAUUCCGUGGGUUUCAACAAUGUUCUCAAUGUGCUGAACCUGGCAGUGUGGGUGUUCAUCAUGAUCGCAGGCCUCUUCUUCAUCAAUGGGAAAUACUGGGCGGAGGGCCAGUUCUUGCCCCACGGCUGGUCAGGGGUGCUGCAAGGAGCAGCAACAUGCUUCUACGCUUUCAUUGGGUUUGACAUCAUUGCCACCACUGGAGAGGAAGCCAAGAAUCCCAACACGUCCAUCCCUUAUGCUAUCACCGCCUCCCUGGUCAUCUGCCUGACAGCAUAUGUGUCUGUGAGCGUGAUCUUAACUCUGAUGGUGCCAUAUUACACCAUUGACACGGAAUCCCCACUCAUGGAGAUGUUUGUGGCUCAUGGGUUCUAUGCUGCAAAAUUCGUAGUGGCCAUUGGGUCGGUUGCAGGACUGACAGUCAGCUUGCUGGGGUCCCUCUUCCCGAUGCCAAGGGUCAUUUAUGCCAUGGCUGGUGACGGGCUCCUUUUCAGGUUCCUGGCUCACGUCAGCUCCUACACAGAGACGCCAGUGGUGGCCUGCAUCGUGUCGGGGUUCCUGGCAGCGCUCCUCGCGCUGUUGGUCAGCUUGAGAGACCUGAUAGAGAUGAUGUCUAUUGGCACGCUCCUGGCCUACACCUUGGUCUCUGUCUGUGUCUUGCUCCUUCGAUACCAACCUGAGAGUGACAUUGAUGGUUUUGUCAAGUUCUUGUCUGAGGAGCACACCAAGAAGAAGGAGGGCAUUCUGGCUGACUGUGAGAAGGAAGCUUGUUCUCCUGUGAGUGAAGGGGAUGAAUUUUCUGGCCCAGCCACCAACACAUGUGGGGCCAAGAAUUUACCAUCCUUGGGAGACAAUGAGAUGCUCAUAGGGAAAUCAGACAAGUCAACCUACAACGUCAACCACCCCAAUUACGGCACCGUGGACAUGACCACAGGCAUAGAAGCUGAUGAAUCCGAAAAUAUUUAUCUCAUCAAGUUAAAGAAGCUGAUUGGGCCUCAUUAUUACACCAUGAGAAUCCGGCUGGGCCUUCCAGGCAAAAUGGACCGGCCCACAGCAGCGACAGGGCACACGGUGACCAUCUGCGUGCUCCUGCUCUUCAUCCUCAUGUUCAUCUUCUGCUCCUUCAUCAUCUUUGGUUCUGACUACAUCUCAGAGCAGAGCUGGUGGGCCAUCCUUCUGGUUGUUCUGAUGGUGCUGCUGAUCAGCACCCUGGUGUUUGUGAUCCUGCAGCAGCCAGAGAACCCCAAGAAGCUGCCCUACAUGGCCCCUUGCCUCCCCUUUGUGCCUGCCUUUGCCAUGCUGGUGAACAUCUAUCUCAUGCUAAAGCUCUCCACCAUCACAUGGAUCCGGUUUGCGGUCUGGUGCUUUGUGGGUCUGCUCAUUUAUUUUGGAUAUGGCAUCUGGAACAGCACCCUGGAAAUCAGCGCUCGAGAAGAGGCCCUGCACCAAAGCACUUACCAACGCUACGACGUGGAUGACCCCUUCUCAGUGGAGGAGGGUUUCUCCUACGCCACAGAGGGCGAGAGCCAGGAGGACUGGGGCGGGCCCACGGAAGACAAAGGCUUCUAUUACCAACAGAUGUCAGAUGCGAAGGCAAACGGCCGGACAAGUAGCAAAGCGAAGAGCAAAAGCAAACACAAACAGAACUCAGAGGCCCUGAUUGCAAAUGAUGAGUUAGAUUACUCUCCAGAGUAGGAGAAACACACAAGUGGGUAGAAAUGGUGAUGAUUGAUUUUCAGUAACUUAACCUGUGGGCUAGAAGGUGAAAACUUUUUUGGCUCUCAUUUCACAAAUCCAGCCUUCCCCAAAUUCAAUCCCUAGUCAUAGCCUGUCAUUUGCUACUUUUGCUCUUCAGGAUAGUUCUGUUGAAGGGCUUAACCUGGGUCCCCUAACUGGUCGCCUUGUUAAAUAAAAUAAAUAAAUAAACAAGAGGCUACAUGAAAUUCCAUCUUAGGUGCAACCACCAGAGCUGAUGGUAGCAAAUGUUUCCUAGGCCUUUGCUUUGCUGGUUGAAGCCCAAGCAGGGGCUCUGGGCAGAAGGCAGAAUUUCAGUCACCUGAGACAUGGGGACAAAGCUCUGUUCUUGGCAUGUCAGGCUGAGUGCUGCUCCCUGAGGUCAGGGUGGGUAGGUGGGCAUUGGCACUUCCUGAGCAAGCAUCAUUUUAUCCUGCAAUCUCACCCAAAACUAAUUCAUGGAAAAGAUACAUGCUUCUUUUUAUUCACCAACAUUCUCACAGCUUCCAAACUAUAAUUUUAGGAUCCAGCAAAGGUCAGGGACUCUGGACCAUUUUCCCAAUGGUUUCAGAUUCACUAUAAAGCAGUCAUGCAGACCCAGUGAUAUGGUAAGAAGCACCAUCAAAGCUCUAUGUAAAUGCCCAGAAGAAAAUUAAAUAACCAUAUCUUGCAGUGAAGGCCAGAAGGGCAUUGGCAGAAAUUAACUCUCUGUCAUGGCCUCUCUUAUACCAGACUGCAGCUCCUGGUGAUAUGAUGAAAGAGGGCAAAGGUGGAGCAUGAUUUCAUGGCACUGAUAUGCCUUGAAGAAGUAGGUUGUUUGUUUUAUAAUCAGAUAAAAAUCUUUACAAGGAGAAGUGAGCCAGCCACUGAGAUCACAUUGCAAAUUCUCUUUCAUAUUUCUAAAAUUAUAAAUUCUGUAGUUUUUGAGAUAUGCAACCACUUGAUUGGUGUGUGCUACUCUGAAAACAAAAUAGGUUGAAGUACAGCGACUUAGGUAGUUGCAUUCCAUGAGACCAUGAGAUCACAUUUCACUUCUGAACCUUAUUCCUUGGGGGUAGCUCACUUUCAGAGGUGUAUUUUUUUUCCUGUUAUUUCCCAGCUUAGUUUCACUGAAGCCCAGAGAAAUAUCUACCUGGUAAGAUGUAAAUUUGGGCCAUAAAAGGGGCUAUUAAAAGAAUUUUCUCAGAAAUAGAAUAGAUGAGAGAAUUUGCAAAGGAAAAAAACACACAUGGACUAUAAUAUAAAUUCUACUCUUGGGUUACAAGAAUUCCUGUGGCUGCACUGAGAUGUGUACAAAUGUAUGUGAAGGCACAAUUUGAAUCAAGCUAUCAUAAAAAUAACCAAGCUAUUAAAAUUAAUUAAGCUAUUAAUAAAAUCUCUGUGAGGAUUUCCUGAAAGAGGGACAAAAGAAGAAAUUCCUUGUCCUUUCUCUCCUAGAUGUAUCAGUAUGCCAAACAUUUCCAGGACAUAUUCGCUAACACUCAAGUCUGUUCUUUCUGAAAGGCUGAGGCUCAUGCCAUCUUGGCAUGCUUUAGGAUUAUGGCAAGGAGGUGAAAGUCCAUUUUUUCAUUCAACUAACACUGGUUGAGAAAGGACCAAAUGCCAAGUGACAGGAAUGAAUAGAAGCAUGGCAUCUGCCCUUGGGGGCUACAGUCCGUGGAUGAGCAGCACUGGAGCCUGGUAAAUGCAGAUAAAACAACAAACUUGACAAGUCUCCAGGCUGAUGCACUGGGUUUUAACAUACAUAUAAAGAUCAAUUGAAACUAGUUUUUAAAAAAUAUGCUUUAAAUAAAUUACAUAUCGUAAUCAUAGCCAAUGUAUACCAUUAAACUAAAAUAACUGCAAUUUUCUAGAUAUUUUUUAUUCUUCUGUAGUCAUUGUUUAGAACUCUGGUUUCCUGAGGUCAUUUUGUCAUUUUAAUGUCAUGCUUGACAAUGCUAUGUUUUCUCUUCCCUAGAGUUAACCAUAAAGAUAUAGUGCCUACUCUGUGAAAUACAUCAUUGGGAAUUAAUUAUAAACUAAUUGUCAGUCAUCUUUUGAAAACAAAGUUUUGAAUUGGCUAUAGGACUCAACAAAUCUGCCUGGUUUAAAUACAAUCUGUUAAGCUUGAUACACAUCUAGAUAGAUGAGGUGGGGUUGUACUCAUUAAACAUGAGAAUAGAGAAAUAGGAGUGCAAAAUAGCAAAAUCUUAACAUGGGUCAAAGAGCUUCCUUUUACUAGUGAGGUUUAAGUAUUAAAGUAACAAUAGCCUGGUGGCAGAUAAAUGCAAUUUAUAUAGGAUGGGUGGGAAUGGAAAAUGUAUGCUUUGGUUAACACCAUUGCUAUUGAUUUUGUGCAGAUUCUAUGAACCACUCUCAUUUCAGAAGCCAUUUUUCCCAAAUAGUAUAUUUGUACAUUUUAAGCUUAGCUCCCUUUAUUUUUCUAAAGUUGACAAAUCACCUCCCUAGCAACCUUAGUUUAAAAAAAAAAUCACUAAGAUAGAAAAAGUUUUUUCAGGUACAUAGACAUGUUUGUCCUCAGGUUUACCAGCUUCUGUGAAACAGUCCCAGAUUUUACAAUGCAGUUUUCAAAUACCAUCAAUCACUAGAAUGACAAUAUUACUAUUUUCUUAACAGGUUUCUAAAUGAUGUAUUUGUGGGACCACAUUAAAAGUAAGAUCACCUUAUAAUUAUCUUAGAAACUUUGCCCCUUGAAGGGAGUCCAAGGAAGACCUACAUUUUAUUGAAUUCUGAAUAGCAAAAGCUCUCCGAGUGAGAUUUCAUUGUGUGGAUUUGUGGUUUGGAGCCAAUUACUUGAUUUUUUUCAGAGUUUAUUCUACUUAUUUAUUGGUACUCUGCUUCAUUUCAAAAGGAUUUGAGGCAGCUACUAAAAUAUAUACAAUACAAAACAAAAAUUAAGUGAGGAACUCAGGGCAAAUAAAAAUAGAAACAGAAAGGAUAAGACAAAACUAGAUGUAUAUUUAGUGCAUAAAUGCAGAACCCUGAUAUGCUUUACUAAAUUUGCCAAUGAGUAGCACCAUGAAAAAUAAUAGAAUUAGUGGUAAUGACAAGAAGAAGUACUUCUGCAUGAUAAGAACAAAUUUUUCCCCAUGCAGGUAGAGGUUUGAAAUAGCAUAGAUCAUUAAAAUCCACAGAUAAGCUUCAAACCUAGAUUUUGCUAGCUAAAUGUGCCUGGCAUAUAGUGUGUAUUCAAGAAAUACCUGAUGAUUGACAGAAUGAAUAAAUUGGAGGAAAAUGAAAUAUUUAUUCAACAAUGUACUAUGGCAGAUAUUGAUACCGUGAGUCAGAUAAAAAUCCAGCCCUUAAGAAAUAGAGGAAAUAGAGCUUGGUGUGGUGGUAUGUGCCUAUGAUCCCAGAUAGUUGGGAGACUGAGGCAGGAGGAUCACUUGAACCCAGGAGUUCAAGGCUGCAGUGAGCUAUGAUCACACCAGUGUACUCCAGCCUGGGUAACAGAAGAAUACCCUGUCUCUUAAAAAGAAAAAUGAAAUAGGGGAAAUGGGAUAUAUAAAUAAAGAACAAUAGUGAAUGUGUCAGGUGAGAUGAGGGAUUUGUAAUGUGCUCUGGGGUUCAAAUAUGAAGAAGGCCUUCUUCCUCUCAAAAGGUCAUAAAAAAUGUCACACUUGUGUAGGAACUUGUGAAGUGGGUAGAAUUUUAUCAAGUAGAAAUGAAAGAAAGUCAUGCCAAGCAAAGGAUCAGCAUGAAUAAGGUCUACUAGUUUGUGGUCCUCUGACUAAGAAUUUGUGCUGUGCCUCCAUUAAGAGAAAGCAAGGAGCUAGUUUGCCUGGAGCACAUGAUUUAUGCAUGACUUAUACAUGCAACAAUAAGAAACAAUGCUAGGAAGGCAGGUGAGGGCUCACUCACAGAGAGACUUGAAUGUCACUCUGAGCUGGCUGGCUUUCCUCGGGUGAGAGAGUGGGAAAUAAUUGGGGAACUGACAAAAGUGUGAAUCCGGGAAGGCUGAACUUUAAGAAAGCUGAGACGGUGGCUUCCUUGCCUAUGCAAGGAACUAACAAGCCACAUAUACACUCCAAGUUGAUUUAACAAAUCAAAGGGAAAAAUAGCUGGACUUUGAGUCCUGUGUCUGCGUUCAUCACAAACCUAAGAAAAUACAGCCAUUUAAUACGUGGACAGGCAACACAAUUUAACAGCCACUUUAAAGUGUUCAACAAGAGGUUUUAACAACCAACCUAACAACUUUUUAUAUCUAUCUAAUCUAAACAGUAAAACCUCAGCUCUAGGUUUUACUGAGCUUCAGUGCUACUUUUUUUUUUGAGACAGAGUCUCACUCUGUCACCCAGGCUGGAGUGCAGUGGCACGAUCUUGGCUCACUGCAACCUUCACCUCCCGGGUUCAAGCUAUUCUCCUUCUUCAGCCUCCCGAGUAGCUGGGAUUAUAGGCGUGUGCCAGUUCUACUUCUUAGUAACAAACUAGUAGCUAAUCAAAUGCCUACAUAAUGGUCAUGAUAAAUCUGUUUAAAUAAAUGGCGGGCAGAAGAGAGUUGUUGAAUUUAACAAUCCAUCCUUCUUCAGAAUCUAUGGGUCAGCCAGAAUAUAAAUCUAGUAAUUAUUGGAAAACAAAACACAAA